AUGACAUUCUUCGAGAUGGACCAAGACGAGCAAGGCUGCGACAAGGACGGCGAAGAAGCGAAGGCGGACUCGUUCGACGGUAGCAGCGCCAACCGUGAGGCCGAUGACGGCCCUACGAAAUCAUCUUGGGGAACAUGGGAAGAAAAUGAGAGACAGAAUCGCGAGGCGUACAGACAGAUAAGGAGACAGUAUCUCGAUGCGCGCAUGCAUGGCGCCUACGAAGACAUGCUGACGCUCGGCGAACUUCUGUACAGUGUCGCGCAUCCGUGCGUCUCGCCUGCACCGAGUGUCUCCUUUCCAGUCGCCGUGAGCUGCGAGGCCUGCAGCCCUUCGCGCCGCGAGUUCGCGCCUGCGCAGCUGCAGGAGCCCCGCGGCGGAGAAGGUGGAGAAGGAGACACACGCGCCAAGUCAGCCCGGCGACUGCGCAGGCGAGCCGACGAAGCCGUGAGAGACAGAGAGGCGGAGGAAGAUGCGCAGGAAGACGCGCAGAGGGAGGCUGCGGCGGGAGCGCACAAACCUGACGAAGGGUCCCGCUGUCGCAUCGAGGAGGAAAGCCUCUUCUUCUUUGCCGAGGCGCUUGUCGCGUGCAAGCAACUCCAGAAGGCGCAGGACCUGCUCAUCGAGCGGCAUCGUGAGUUGACGGCGGGUGAGCCUUCCUUACUCGCGCUCGCGGCAAAUAUUCUGCUGCAGGCAGACGCGCCUGCGGACUGCGUCGCGCUUCUGGAGAGUUACGCGCCGGCCUGGCGAACGCCAGACAACGCCUUCCGCGGGACUCUCGACUUGGUUUUGGCAACCGCCCUGCAGCGCCUCGGCCGCUCCGCCGGGGCUCUCGAUGUCCUCUGCGCUUUCUACCGCCGCGAACCUCUGCAGCCCAAAGUGCUGUUCGCGCUCUUUGGCAGCGGCCUCUUGACGCCCGACGAGGAACUGCGUCUGCUGCGCGAUACAUGCUUUUCUGAGAGUCAGAUGUGGGCAAAGCACUUAGCGGUGGCGCUGAUAUCUGCCUCGCGGAAUGAGCCGCCCGAGUCGCUUUGGAAGACUCUGAACGGCUUUCCGUGCGCGGCGCGUUCUUCGUCUUCUCGAGCGCCUCGUCCUCCAGGCUUGUCUGCUGCGCCGCUGACCAUCGGCGCCGGCGGGUGCUGUCUCAGAGUCAGCGAUGCUCUCUCGUACGUCGAGGCGAUGUACCCUGCGCAGCACAUUCCUCCCGAGAUUCUCUACUCCAGCGUCAACCUGACUAUCCAGGCAGUCCGCGCGUUUCGAAGGCGAAACGCGCCUCUCGCGUUCGCACUCGCGACGCUACUGCUGGAGACGACUCUGGCGGAGGCGCUCUACGUCCUGCCGGUCUACGUUGCCUGCUGCGUUCAGCUCGAAAAAGUUGCGGAGCUCCAUUUGCUCGCCGAGCGGCUCGAGGAGGCCCUCGAGGGUAGCUCGCUCGACGCGGAACGCACAGCGCUCACAGCGGCGCUGAUCUUUGCGGAAGGGAGUCUGCUUCUUGUUGAGGGAACCGUCACCAAGGCCGUCGAAGUGCUCAAGAAGGCGCGCGACCUGCCGCGCGAGCCGUUGACCACGCCGUGUCUCCUUCCGCUCGGCCUCGCGCUCGCCGAAAGCCUCUGCGCCUCCGCGCCUGGCGAUCCCGUCAAGCCUAGAGAGAAGGCUGCGCGCGAGAAGAGCGCACGCGCCGUCCUGCGAAACCUGGCGAUCAUCUUCAGAGGGAAUGCGCGCGUGCAGCUGUGCCUCGCGAGAGAACUCCGGCAGAGUCUCGCUCCGGCCGUCUCGCUCUUUUCGCCUGAACGGUUUGAGGAGCUUUGCCUCGUUCGCACUGCCUUGAGCCUCGAUCGGCGGAAUCCGGCGACUCUCCACGAGUGCGCAUUGAUUGCCUUCUCCGAGGGCAGCUUCCAGGAGACACUGGUGCUCGCCAACCGCGCGCUGCUCGAGUGUACGUACACCGCAGAGACCGGUCCUCUCUGCACCCCCGAAUCGCGCGCGGAGACGGCAGGGCGGGAAGACAAGCGAGAAAAUGAGAACGUGUGUGGCAGUGACGUGACGCGUGGACAUGCCGCCGACCGAGAAGCCGCGGAUGCUCUGCACAAACGGACUUUCCUCUCCUCGAUUUCAUCUCAAGUUCCUCCCUGCUGCUUCGCGCCGGAUCUCGUCCACGCCUUGAGGGGCCAGGCGCUCCUGGCGCUGGCUCAGAAGACGCUGGCGGGAGAGUGA